CGCGGCCCCACUCGCCUCGAAGGGACCUGCCGGGGAGGACUCGGCAUCAGCCCCUCGGUCGGGAGUAAAUGAUGGAUUCCAAAGAAAAUGGAUUAUACAAAGUCACAACUUUUCAGCAAGCAAUUUCUUCUUGUUGUGGUGCUGUUAUGACAUGUCUUUUGGUGACACCUCUAGAUGUUGUCAAAGUCCGACUACAAGUCCAGAGCAAUCCAUCCCUUAAAGGAAAAUCUUUUCUGGAUUCUGAUGGCCUUACAGAUCAUGUUUGUGUCUAUGAAAAUGGAAGCAGUAAAACUGGUCACAAGGCAUCUGGACGGUUUAAUGGCAUGAGGGAUGCUUUUGUGAAAAUUGUUAAAAGAGAAGGUGUGAAAACACUGUGGAGUGGACUGCCUCCUUCACUAGCAGUGUCAGUUCCAACAACAGUAAUUUAUUUUACCUGCUAUGAUCAACUACGUGAUGCCUUCAUUUCUAAACUAGGAGAAGAUAAUGACUACAUUCCACUUAUUACAGGUGGCAUAGCCAGAUUGGGUUCGGCUACUGUAAUCAGUCCAGUUGAAUUGAUCAGGACAAGAAUGCAGUCUCGCCAGUUAACUUACAAGCAGUUGUGUGCUUGCAUUAGUAGUAAUGUUACCAAAAAUGGCUGGCUUUCACUCUGGAAAGGAUGGGGUCCCACUGUUCUUAGAGAUGUUCCAUUUUCAGCGCUUUAUUGGUAUAACUAUGAAUACUUCAAAAAAAGAUUGUGCAAGAGAUCAGGUAAACAUGAGGCAACAUUCCUGAUCACCUUCUCAUCAGGAGCAGCAGCUGGUUCUAUUGCUGCUUUAUUAACGUUACCAUUUGAUGUAGUAAAAACACACAAACAGACUGAAAUUUGGGAAUCUGAAACAACACCCACAUCACAGCAGAGGCAUGCAUCAGUAUGGGAAGUAAUGAAGAGAAUUGUUGCUGGAAAUGGAUUCACUGGCUUGUAUGCUGGUAUUGUUCCAAGAUUGACAAAAGUUGCUCCUGCUUGUGCCAUAAUGAUCAGCACUUAUGAAUAUGGGAAGUCUUUCUUCCGUAGAUUAAAUAGAGAAAGAGACAUGAAGAACCAUUAAUGCUGUUUCUCUGAACUUCAAGUAGACUCAAUGGACAGAGUGCAGAAAGGGGAAUGCUGAACAAUGUCUGCAAGAGAAAAGAUUUGGUCUCAAAAUAUGGUUCAAAAGCCCCUUAUGGAUCCCUCCUGCCUCCCGGCAGCACCACUUGGUAGCUGGGCCAUCCCCAGUUGGGCCAGAUCUCUACUCAGAUUCUGUUCACUGAAUUAACAUGGCAAUAAGAACUACAGUAAAGAACUCCUUGCUGAUCCACACUGCAAGGGGAAAUACAGAUACAGAAGAGUUACCUGCAGACUUGAUGCAAAGAUUGUCCUUUAUUUCUGUUCCCAGAUAACCUUUGCCAAACCCAGGAAACACCCCCUCCCCUAUUUUCAGGUUCCAAAGCUAACUCCAAAAAUACACUUAGUUAUCUGAUAGCAGUUCAUUUGCAUUUAGCACUCUGAAGUACUUUUCAAAAGAUGUGUUUUACAAUAGACAUACUAGCCCAGACACCUUUACUUUAACUGCA